UAGUACUGUGGACGAGCCUUAUAGCGUCUCGCGAUUCGCGUCGUUGAUACUUGAACCCCUUUUCUUUUUCUACUUUAUUAUUUCGUACUGCCCAUCUUCUUCAUUUUUCGAACUGCCUAUCGGCGUUAUUGUUAUUAGUGUCAUUUUCUGCCGGGAUACGUGCUCCAUGUGUGAUUAACGAUCCCGCCCAUCGCCAAUUGCAUCAUGGAGCCGAUAUAUUUCACCGAGGUCGACGAGUCUCGGUACCGCACUGAAGUUCUUCUUCUACCUUCCGAGGAAUCAGAAACGGCGCGACAACAAAAAUUGGUGGAGGAUGCACGUCAACUGGGGCUAAAGGUGCCGGAAGUCGAGGUGGUGGCAUCUCUGGCUGCAUCCAUUGCCUCCGGUAUGGUGGACUUGUCCUCUCCCAUCAGAUCCUCUGGCUCCUCGACCGAUCGCAACUCAACAUACGAAGUCAUUCCGUCCCUCGAGACCCCGCCGCAUAUCGAUCAACUUGCCUCGUCCCUCUCCGAUUUUACCGUCGCCUCCGAGCCUGUCCAGGCUGGCAGCACUCGGUCAUUCGCGUCCAUGUCUACUCGGCCGACAUCUUAUAGCUCUUUUGAGGGAAGGUUGGCGCCGGGGAUAGAUAGCCUAGCCGCUAGGCCACCCGGGAACCGUGCAUCAAUGUUCAGCAUGACCUCCGCGGAUAAAAGGGAAAGAGGAAAAUCAACGCUCAAGUCGGCAAUCGGGAAGAUCCAUUUUAGGAAGAAGCGAUCGCCAUCCCCCGUCCUCCUUCCGCCCGCCGCGCAGAUCACCGUCGCUAAAGGCGAAAAAGGCGUCGAACGAGUAUACAUCGAGUCGAAACCGUCGGAAGCACAAAAUAACGAUUCCGCCGAGGAAGAUAAACAGGUUCUCAGGCUGGAGAUUCCUGUCUUCGACCAUGAAUCGAUGCAGCGAAGCUUGGAUGAUACACAAUUAUACCAGAUGCGCGAGUCCCACAUAGCGGAGAUGAACCGGCAUAAUGCUUUUCAGGAUGCAUUCAUGGCACAACUGCGACGGAGACAGCAGUCUAUCGUUACGGACCAACUUGCAGAGAACAAGCGCACGGAAGAAAAGAAGCGCGAGAAGAACACGGCCGAUGCCAUCCGCAUGGAGGAACGACAGCUUACAGUGGAAAUGGAGCAAAUGCGAGAAUUCGAACGCGCGAAACUUAACUCGCGCACGCGCAUCAAAUACAUGGAAGGGUUCUUUAACAACUCGAACCCGCCGCCAUCGCCCGUAUCCGGAUCGAAAGCAGACCCAGUGCCGAGUCGCAAGUUUACCGCGCAACACAAAGCUCAGUUGGCACAAGAGUAUCACGAUCACAACACCAUGGACCAACUGCAUCAAGCCAAGAUCAAGGUGUUGCGCGACCGCCAAGAACUGCGACUCCAGGAAGCCAUCGCGCGAAUGGAAAGAGAGCUGGAUGAUCUGAUUGAUAAGCAUGCCUUGGAGUUUGCGCGGAUGCAGCAGAAGCAUCAGCAGGAAGAAGCAGACAUUUUACAAGCAUUUGACGCCAAAAAGUCGAGGUUACGACACCGCUGGACCCUGGAAGAAGCCAUCUUGCGAAAGAAACUGGAAGUGCAACACGGGCAGCCGUACGGGCCACUGCCCCCUUUGUCGUUUAACGACUCGCAUUAUGAAACGCGCGACUCGGCCAUUUGCGUGACCGACCAGACAUGAUCUGCCAGCGGUGAUGAGGGACCGGUGCACCACAAGAGAGGGGGACAGGUGCUUUGAUUACGAU